AUGCCUUCUCUGCUCACCAUACCAGCACUAUCUCCAGCUAUAUUUUUCCCAGAAACCACCACCUUAGAUAAAUGGUCAAGCAGUCAGCUUUUACAGAAUAUCAAACGCUACCCGCAUGUGUUUGUUAGCUCUCGAAAAACUCCAUUCAUUCAUUCCCGUCUCUACGACGAAUACGUGCCCGAUGCUAUUCAAGAUGCUUUUACAGUUUCGGCAGCUUAUAGUACCAAAACAUCGGAAACAGAGGAUCUGAUUUUCCGUAUACUGGAGAGCAAGACUACCAGCCUCGUGGAGCAGGAUCACCACACAAGCACCCUGCCCCACCUCCUCGCCGCAGUGCAUGCACUGAUGCUGUUUCAAAUAAUUCAGCUCUUCGAUGGCGAUAUUCGGCAGCGCUCAUUAGCAGAACAACACAUGAAUACAUUGCGAAUCUGGACCUUUAAAUUACAAGAGCGAGCCGGAGAGCUUACCCCUGCGCUCACAUGGCAAGAAUGGAUGUUAGCAGAGAGCGCUCGAAGAACAAUAAUUAUUGUCAUGAUGAUUGAGGGCUUGUAUCUGACACUGAAAACUGGGUGUUGUCCGAACGUCAAGAUAAUGAGUAUGCUUCCCUUCACACCCGAGGCCACUCUAUGGGAUCUCAGGACAAGUGCUUCAUGGCUUGCGGAAUCAGAUCAAUUGCGAUUUGAAACUAUACUCUAUGGUGAUUUUGUAAGAAGAUGGCAGGAGGGACGAGUCCCUGGACGACUUGAUGGAUUCCAAAAGCUCUUACUUAUACCAUGCAUGGGUGAGAGAUACAGAGAAAUACUGGAGCUAGAUGGUUGA